CCCCCCGGCUCUCCUUUCCUGCGCAACUUUAAGAGCGCGCCUGUCCCCGGCGCGCGUCUCGGCGGCAGUCGGCGCGCGUCUUCCUGGCGCACCGCUCGGCAGGGCCACGGCCUGGGAGGCGGCAGCAGAAACAUACAGCUUGUAUAUUAGAGAGAAGCUCUUGAGAGCAAGAAUUCUCCAGGAUGUCGUACCGAAAAGAACUAGAGAAAUACCGAGAUCUGGAUGAAGAUCAGAUCCUUGGAGCACUGACAGAAGAAGAGAUCAAGAUGUUAGAGGAUGAACUGGUGGACCUAGACCCUGAUAAUGCAUUAUUGCCUGCAGGAAUGAGACAGAGAGAUCAAACGAAGAAAACACCCACUGGCCCCUUUAAAAGAGAUGACCUACUCGCCCAUCUGGAGAAGCAGGCAAAUGAGAUUAAAGACCGAGAAGAUCUGGUUCCUUUUACAGGGGAGAAAAGAGGAAAAAUUUGGGUCCCCAAGCAGAAAGCUAUAGAUCCUGUUUUGGAAAGCGUAACUCUGGAGCCAGAACUGGAGGAAGCACUAGCAAACGCCUCAGAUGCUGAGCUCUGUGAUAUCGCUGCUAUUCUUGGCAUGCAUACCCUGAUGAGUAACCAACAAUAUUACGAAGCACUUGGAAGCUCGACUAUAGUCAACAAGGAAGGUUUGGAUAGCAUAAUCAAGCCCACACAAUAUAAACCAGUUCCUGAUGAGCCCAAUGCAACCGACGUAGAAGAAACCUUGCAAAGAGUGAAAAACAACGACCCGGACCUUGAAGAAGUUAAUCUCAAUAAUAUAAAGGACAUUCCCAUACCAACUUUAAAAGCCUAUGCUGACGCUCUGAAGAACAACUCGUACGUGAAAAAGUUCAGCAUAGUAGGAACAAGGAGCAAUGACCCUGUCGCUUAUGCAUUGGCAGAAAUGCUAAAAGUCAACGGUGUAUUGAAGAGCUUAAAUGUGGAAUCAAAUUUCAUUUCUGGAUCAGGGAUUUUGGCGCUCGCAGAAGCACUGCAGGAAAACACGACGCUAAUUGAGCUGAAAAUUGACAACCAGAGCCAGCCCCUGGGCAACAAGGUAGAAAUGGAGAUUGCGAGUAUGUUAGAAAAGAACGAGUCUCUCUUGAAGUUUGGGUAUCAUUUCACUCAGCAAGGCCCCAGGCUUCGCGCAUCCAAUGCCAUGAUGAACAACAAUGACCUUGCUCGUAUACAUCGAUGUGAUGGCCUCUGGCAUAACACCUCAGCCUCGGAACUGGAAGAUUGAGGAAGAGGCGGCUUGAGGACCUGAACGGGCCCAUUUUCCCCAAAUGCCGGACUGGAGUGUAGCUCUUGGCUGUGCCAA